AUGAAUCAGACAGAUGUGCCCAAGGUUGGCAUGUGUUUUGGAACCAUUGAAGAUGCAAAUCAAUUUUAUCAGAAUUAUGCCAAGCGCAUUGGUUUUGUUACUAAGAUAAGGUUUACCCGAAGAGUUGGUAAAGAUAAGGUUCCUAAGAAUCAAAUGAUCACUUGCAAUAGGGAGGGGAAACGCAAGUCUAGAGUUUCACCAAUAGAAAAGACCAACCCUAGAACCAACUACAAUUUCCCCGCAAGGAUUUCUAUUAGGUUGAAUAAGGAGGGUCUUUGGAUUAUAUCGAAGGUGUGUUUGGAUCAUUCACAUCCUUGUGAUCCAGAGAUGGCAAAACUGUUGACACGUAAUAGAGAGAUGACUAUGCACAUGUGUCGAGUCAUUGAGAGGAAUGAUGAAGUAGGUGUGAGACCAAACAAAACAUAUCAAGUAUUGGUGGGUGAAGCGGGGGGUUUUUCUAAGAUAAACUUAAUGGAAAAAGAUGUUAGGAACUAUCUCAGCAGAAAGGUACGCAAUGUUACGGAAGAAAUGGAUGCUAGGGAGAUGUUGAAGUAUUUUACACGGAUGAAAGAUAUGAACUCUGAUUUUUAUUUUGAUGUUGAACUUGAUCAAAACAAGCGUCUCAAAACUAUAUUUUGGGCUGAUGCUCGAAGUAGAGCAGCAUAUGAGUACUUCGGUGAUGUAGUUUCGUUUGAUACUACUUAUAAAACCAAUCGUUACGAUAUGCCAUUUGGUUCCUUUGUGGGGGUUAAUCACCAUGGUAACUCGGUGCUUCUUGGGUGUGGUUUGUUGACUAAGGAAAAUUCAGGCUCGUUUACUUGGUUAUUUAAUGCUUGGCUUACAUGUAUGCAUGGAAAGGCUCCUAAAGGCAUUAUAACAGACCAAUGCCUCGGAAUACGAGCUGGAAUUGAGAAUGUGAUGCCAGAGACACGUCAUAGGUUAUGCAUUUGGCACAUUACGAAAAAGAUUCCAGAAAAAUUCAAAAGACACAAGAGAUAUGAAGAGUUACAAAGUGAUUUAAAUAAUAUUGUUUGGGAGUCUAUUUCAGAAGAUGAUUUUCAAAAUCAAUGGGAAGAUUUUCUGAUUGAAUAUGGUCUAGAAGAUAACAAGUGGCUAUCAGAUAUCUAUGAAGAAAGACAUCGAUGGGUUCCAAUUUUUCUUGACAACUUUUUUUGGGCUGGUAUGAGAUCCACACAACGAAGUGAGAGUAUGCAUUCAUAUUUUGACAAAUUUAUAAAUAACAAGAGCUUGUUGAUUCAAUUUGUCAAACAAUAUGACAAUUGCCUUGGAUGGAAAGAGCAACAAGAAAGGGAGGCUGAUGUUGAAGACUAUAAAUCAAUAAUACCUUGUGCCACUAAUUCCUUAAUAGAGAAGCAAUUUCAAGGUGCAUAUACUAAUGCAAAGUUUAAGGAAGUACAAAAGCAAUUUAGAAAGAAAGCAAAUUGUAUUUUGCACCUUAUGAAAGUAGUUUCUACAUCUAAAGUCUAUUCUAUUUUGGAGGAUGUAUCUACUUCUAAAGAGAGGGUUUAUGAAGUUAACUACAAUGCGGAAACGAAGGAUAUUACAUGCAUGUGUCAAAUGUUUGAAUCAAGAGGCAUAUUAUGCCGUCAUAGCUUGGUUGUCCUAGGGCAUGAACGCGUGAGAGAAAUUCCAAGAAGUUAUAUUUUGGACCGUUGGAGCAAACUUGUGAAGCGAAGACACAGUGAUAUUAAGAGCAGCCAUGAUCCAAGUUUGUUGGAUCCAAAAACAGAGAUGUUUGAUGAUUUAUGCUCCCAUUCAAUCAGUGUUGCUCAAUUUGCAUCCCAAACAAAGGAAACAAGUGAUAUCUUACAUCGUUAUCUUGAUAUGGCUAUGGCGGAGUGCCAAAAGCAUGUUGCUAACUCAUCAUCUAAUGCCAAUGAGUUAGAUAAUUUGCUUACAUUAGAAGAUGGUGGUAAAGAUGGUGGUAAAGAUGCACUGUCCAUUUUUGUAGGAGGCUGUAUAAUAAGCAUUCAAGAUAUUAAAAGCCCUCCUUAUGUGUCCACUAAGGGUCGUCCAACAAAUAGGCUAAGAUCUGAAAAAGACAAGAUGAUAAAAAAGAAGACCGAGGCAAAGAAGAGGAAAAGUGAGAUAACCGAAAAAGAGGAUAAUCAACAUAUUGGAGAUAGUCAAAGUCUCCCUUUCAACGAACAGGUUCAUCCAAUACUUCAAGAUGCUAACUACAAUGUUAAUGAGGGAUUUGAAUCUGAUUCAAUGGGAGGAUCAAUGGGAGAAUUCAUGUCCUUAUUGAACUCAAUCCAUUCAUACCAAUUCUCAAAUGUCGAUUGA